AUGCCUAGCCAAAGAUGGGAAUCAGUGAUUGCAAACUUGGUGCAGCUCCAGGCCCCAAAGGUCCUGCUACUUAUGUGGACGACCAAUAUCGAUUUGAGGAUGCGGGUCGAGCUGUUGGAACUGUUUGCCGGUGAAGCAAAGGUGAGCCAAGCCUUCCGUGAGGCAGGCAUACCCUAUGUGUCGGCCUACACCAAGAACUUUGGCAAGAAGCUCUUGAGCCUCUGGGAAGAGGAGAAGGUAGCUUCGACGCCUCGGUUGUGCUUGAGGCAGAAGCUGCACAUCUCUGAGCAAGCCACAGACAAGGAGCUCUUCCGUGGUUUGGAGUUAGGGGACACGUGGGCCGAAGCAGAGAUGGUUCAGGUGUGGUCGUACUUGUACAAUAACAAACGUCUGCAUAUCCCUGACUGUUGGCUAUGCACAAUGGAUGCAUUCAAUGAUGAGCUGAGAGCGACGGUGUCUUGCAUCAAUGAGUCUGAGAAUGUCUGA